CUCAUAUUCUUUGCAACUCCCAAAACAACCAUGGCAGCAGCUUAUGCAACUCUGGUUUCUGCUAUCAAUAUCAUAAACAACCUUCACCAACAUCCCCGCCCUCAUAUUUCUCUCCCCAUUCAACAAGUUGAGUCUCUCACUCAAAAGAUCAAUUUCCUGCUCGAAUUUCUCGAGGGCUAUAACCCCCAUCGUGGCUACUCCAAAGAAGCAGAUCCAUUGGAGUCUCGCAUUGCAGAUGCAGCUUAUGCGGCCGAACACGCCAUUGAAUCUCAUAUUUUUGAACACUACACAAAUAAUGGGCAAAAUAUGAUGAGUUAUGAUGGCUUGUAUGAAGCUCUGGAGAAGGUGAUAGAAGACAUGGCUUCUAUCGAAGAGGAGGCCAAGAUAAUUCAAGUCCAACAUCAGCUGCACACAAAGUCAACGCCUUCGGAUUCCUCGAGAUCUUCUUCAAUUCCGCAGCAGAGUAGCAUGGUGGGUGUUGAUGAUGUCAAGCGUCAAAUGAUGGAUAAGCUCACUUCUGAUCGCCUUCAUCUACAAAUCAUUCCCAUUGUAGGGAUGGGCGGCUCUGGUAAGACCACUCUUGCUAGAACUGCUUAUGAAGAACGUCUUAUUAAGGAGCGUUUUGAUAUUUGUGCUUGGGCUACCAUCUCUCAAGAAUAUGUCAUUAGAGAAAUUUUAGCAAUACUUCUUCGUCAGUUUAAUAUAGGAGUUGAUGACAAUUUGAGUGAGCAUGGAUUAGGAGAAAAGUUGUAUAAACAUCUAUAUGGUAGAAGAUAUCUAAUUAUAAUGGAUGAUAUGUGGAGCAUUGAUGCGUGGGAUAGAGUUAGGAAUUAUUUUCCAAAUAACGAAAAUGGUAGCAGACUAGUGGUAACAACUAGGCUAUCAGAUUUGGCUUCUAAAUUACCUAACUCUGACAUCAUUGGGAUGAAACUUUUGGAUGAGGCUGAUAGUUGUGAGCUUCUAUGCAAAACUGUGUUUGGGAAAGAAAGUUGCCCUCUUGAAUUGGAGGAAAUCGGAAAAGAGAUUGGCAAAAGCUGCAAAGGACUUCCAUUGUCAAUUGUUGUGGUGGGAGGCCUUUUGGCCAAGUCCAAACAUGAAAAAGAGUGUUGGGAAGACAUAGCUGAAAACUUGAAUGCAAGUGUCGUUAAUUUAGAAGAUGAUGAACGUUGCUUGAAAAUACUAUACAUGAGUUACAAGCAAUUGCCAAUACAUUUGAAACCAUGUUUUCUCUAUAUGGGUGUUUUUCCCGAAGAUCGGGAGAUUCUUAUCUCAGACCUCACCAAAUAUUGGGUUGCGGAGGGAUUUGUGAAAGCAGUAAGUGGGAAAAGCUUGGAAGAGAUAGCAAAAGAGUAUUUAAAAGACCUUAUUGGUAGAAAUCUUGUUUUAAGGUCUACUCGAUACAAGAAGUGGUGCCAAAUUCACGACUUGUUGAGAGACUUGUGCUUGAGAGAAGCUGAAAAAAAAAGGUUUUAUUAUACCGUAUCAGAUAAUGAAGCCAUAAGCGUGUUGCCGCCUAUGUCACAAGCUCGUUGUUUGACGUGGAAUGAUCAAUAUGAACUAUCACCUCUCAAUAUGAGCUUGCUGAGGAUAGUGAAAUCAACUACAUUCCAACGGGUCAAUAUAGAUUUAGUUGGACACAUGGAUCAAUUAGUUAAUUCACGAUUCCUUGAAAUAGGUUUCUCCAGAAGAAUAGAGGGGAGUUUUCCUUGUUCAAUAUGGCGAUUUUGGAAUCUACAAACACUAAUUGUUCACAACAGCAGUGAGGUUAUUACUGCGCCAACUGAUUUUUGGUACAUGCCUCGCAUCAGGCAUGUUGAGUUCAAGUAUGGGCUUGGUCUCCAAGAUCCUCGUAACGAUCAAGAUGACAUUGUUUUGGGAAAUCUGCAAAGCCUGGGGAAAGUAUAUAAUUUCAAGUGUAGCGAACAAGUGGUCCAAAAAAUUCCCAAUAUAAAAGAAUUGGUUUUUCGUAAUGACGAUGAGAUGUAUUGUUUGAGCAAUCUCGAUUGUCUAACUAAACUUGAGUCCUUGCAUUGCGAGAUUUCUCCAAGAAGUGCAAUCAACUUUCCCCAUUCGCUCAAGAGAUUGGUUCUUAGUACCGCUUCAUCGAGAUAUUGGUGGGAAGACAUAUUGGAUAAGGUAGGUGUGUUGCCCCAUCUUCAGAAGCUCACACUCGAUUGGGGGAACUUCAAUGAAGGGAAGUGGGAAACAACUGAAGGCCAAUUUCGUAGCCUCAAAUUCUUGAGUCUUUACUGGAGUAGUAAUCUAGAAAUCUGGAAAAUUGAAAGCUCCCACUUUCCAUGCCUUGAGUUCCUUCACCUUGAAGGACUAUAUAACUUGCAAGAAAUCCCUUUAGAUUUCGCAGAAAUACCCACACUUAGAGAAAUUGUUGUGAAAUAUUGCAGCGUUUCGGCAGUGGUUUCUGCAAAAAGAUUAUCAGAGGAACACGAGGACUAUUACGGGGAAGGAGCCCUUCAAGUUCGCGUUCACAUCGGGAUCUAUAACGAAGCAGGACUACUGGAGAGCUUGGAUGGUCCUAACUUUUGUGUUGAACAUGUGAGAGAAUACUACUACUAAGUGCAGGUAGUCUUUGGGGAAAAACAAGUUGGACGCUGCAAUUGUUGUUUCACUCUUCCAUUCAGGUCGGCAUGGAUUAGCUCAAACAAGACACACAGUUACCGGGAUUCGCCUUAUCUUGUGUUGUAUACUGGUCCGAUUCACUCACAUCCAUCGAGAGGGCAAACGCCCACCAGAUUUUAUAGCUCGCCAUACACAUGAUGUUUCAGUGAUUUUAUGCUUUCACUGCUCCUUGGUAUUUUUUUUAAAAUCUUGUUAGAAUGGAUUGAUUGGGA